UGCUCUGCGCAUUGUUUUAAAUAUCAGACAUUGACAUACAAGAAAUGGCGGAGGAUUGCAGGUCCAUUGUUACAAACUGAUAUCUUCCUUGAUUGAUCGUCUAUAAAGCAAAUUCCAAAUAGCAAAUAUUAUUAUAAACUUCAAAGAAACUAGAGGAGAAAAUCUUGCCAAAAUGAAUUACCAGAAGGUUUAUAUGAACCAGAUACAUUCAAGCUCAUUAUUAUGUCAGUUAGCUCAGAUGUGGAGGAGCCAGCUAGUAUGUGAUGCUUACAUAAGGACAGGAACUGUCACCACAAAGGCCCACCGGGUUGUGUUACUUGCAGCAUGUCCAAUGUUACAAUCCAUGGAAAAAGCAUCGAUCGGUUCCCACUUGGAGGUACGACUGACAGCAGACAUCAAACAGGAAGCAGUUAACAUGUUCUUACAGUACUUAUAUGAAGGUUUCAUGUUGCUCACAGAAGAAAAUUGUAAAGACGUUGAAAAAGUAGCAAGACUUUUACAAGUGGACAGUGUAAUCAAAUGUUGUGCAGACUUUUAUAAGUGUUUAGAAUCAAAAACGGGGAACAAUAUGUAUUCUAAUUCAAAGUACAAAUAUUCAUCUUAUGAUAUGUUAGAAUUCCGCCAUGUUAGAGCAACUGACCUGCAGAAGACAGUACAAGAUCGUCUUAUGAAAAGAGCUUCAGAAAUGGGUAGACCAUUAAGCCCAUCAAGUAAAAAACAAAGACUUUAUAGAGCUUCAACACCACCAUCAGAAUCAUCACAGUCAAGCUUCAGCCAAAGAGCUGAUGAUACAUUCAGCAUGUCUCACAGUUAUGGGUCCGGUCAACAAGAACCAUGGGAUAGAGUACCACGACCUGGAGCUAAUGCUGCUUCAAUGUCAAGAGGUCAAAGUCAAAGGUUUCAACAACCAAGUGUCAUUGAUAUCGUAGAAGACAGCAUUGAAUUAAUUCAUGUUGAUCCAGGGGAUGGCAGCAGUCAUCAGCCGCCAUCACAAAAAGGUGUUGCUGUUUCUGUGGCUAGCCAGAUGGAUAGUGGGCCUCCAAAUAUUAGCAUUGUUAAUGUAACGGGAAAUACUGGACCUCCGCAUGGUCCAUCUCCAAGUCAAGGUCAUUCACAGAGACAAACAAGUGGUCCUUCAUAUUCUUCACCACAUGUUCCGUCAUCAUCCUCAUACACACCCCGCCAUUCAUCAGUCAGUUCAUCGCCAUCACAGUCCAAAGCAUCUGAUCGUGCCAUCAUUUCAUUAACCGAUCCACAAAUAUCACAGAUAACUAGAGAAGUCACCCAUCAAUUACAACAACAAGAACAUAGUGCCUCAUCUUCUCGACCGCCAGCAUUACAGUUAGCCCCGGGCCUCACAUCACCACAUGAAUCAUUGUCACAACAAAGGCCACCUCAUUUUCCCUUCACUGAAAGACUACAGCAGACUGCUAGCAAACCAUCAUUUGCUGCUGGCAGUGCCAGACAAGUCGGUCCACCACAGAUGCCAAAUCUCCACAGUGGUUCCUCCUCAACAGGUUCACCAUCCACUUUACGACCAGAUAGAUCACCAUCAUUAAGUGGUAGAAGUGAUAGUAUGGAUAGACCACCAAGUGUUGAGGCCAGCAAGGACAGUUCAAAACAAAAAAAUGAAGAUUCCUCUACAGCAAGUUCAACAGAUCUAAUGGCAGACAUAACAAUAAUCAAAGUAGAAACAGGAGAUGAGACAAUGUCUAAAGAACACAAGGACAGUGGUCAGCCUGGUCAUUCCUCAGAUGGUGUUAUUCACUCCACAGAUCAUUCAGGUCUGUUGAGUGGGGAUACGACUGGUGGUCUGGACAUGCAUGUAGAUGCACCAGACGAUGGCGGAACAAUGACAAUGCAAAUACAACGGAAUGACGACGGAAUGGGACAGGAAGGAGAUAGCGAUAUUGAGGAACUGGAAGCAACCGGAGAUUGGCCACACGAUAGUAACGAUGAUAGUAGUUUAAGCAAUGAUCCAAAUAACCCACUUGGAGGAUUUAGAGACUUGCUACCUUUUCAACAAGAUUUAGGAAACAACCCUUUAGGACCACAUUAUUACUCAGAUAAUAAAGGAAGGGACUUCUUUAUUUCGAUGUCACAUAGAAAUACAAUGGCGAAUAGAAAGUGUAAUAUAGAAGGGCACCCUGUCGUACCGAUCGGGGAAAAUAAUAUGCAGAGAGAUUGUAAAUAUUGUCAGAAAUACAGGAUCAAAACAAAAAGGGGAUGGAAUGUCAAGACAAAAUUUAAAUGUGAAACUUGUAAUGUGAAUCUGUGUUCUGGUGAUAUGACUUCAAGAAAUUGUUUUGUUUUAUAUCACGAGGAAAACGUUUUUGGGAAAAUACAAUCGGAGAUGUAUAUUAGUCAACUAGACACAAACAUUUGAAGCAGAAAUGUGAAAUCAACUGCACAUGUAUACAAGUCAUGUAGCAUAUUAAUCUAUUGCAAUAAAAAAUCAUAAUAUCCAAUAAAAUUGGUAGAUUUAGCUAACUAAGUCCUAAUAUUUGUAUAAAGUAACAUUCCUUAAUAGUGGAAAAUUGUUUUAAGGUUGAAUAUGCAACAAUUAUUAAUUGCUCGCCGGUCCGUUUCUGUGAUUUCUAUUAGAUAACGCAUGUUCAUUUGCUAAUCAAUCUAUCAUCAAGAGCAGAUAAUUGAUGCGAUUUUCGUUCAUAGUCUUUUUCAAAAAUGAUGAACGUUUUUUUAUAUUGGUAUGUUAUCAUUUUAAACGUUUCAAAUUAAUGAAAUUAUAUUCGUACAUCAAUGUUUUUGAUACACCAAUAACAAAAACUGAAAUAUAUUGAAUGUAUACAUUUUGUAAUUAUUCAAAAUUAUAUCAGAAACGUAAACUUAUUUAUAAAAUAAUGAACCUGUUAAGGGGAGAGAAUACUCGCAUAACUUUUUCGAAUUGGCACAUAAUACAACGGAAUGUCACUCUUGCAUACAAAUGGCACAUUAAUAGAAUUAAUUAACUGCGCAAUCGUGCUCCACCUUCAAUGAUGAUUCUAAAUUAUAAAUAUAACCAAAAGUUGUUAAUCUAUAGAUAGUGAAGACUAAUGAAAGCUAACCCGCUGUAAACAUAUUUCUUUGCAAUUUUUUAAAACUUCCUCAGGAAAAUGAUCGAGUCACUUGACUUUCAAAGCUCAAAAUUAACGUUUUUACACAAUAUUUGAAUAAAGUAGUUGAAGAUUAUUCGCUUCUCAAAGUGUAAGACGCAAUAAAAAUCGUAGGCUUGCACCAUCCUAAUGAAAUACGAAUUUAAUUAAGUCCUGAACAUUUCGACAUUUCUUCGUAUAUUCAUAGAAAAACCGGUUCAACCAAAUCACAAAUACGUGUUAAGAUCCGACUAAAUACCUUUUUCCCGAUAUGGUCAGGUAAAAUUGCUAACUGAUAUGCACCGACAUGUGAAGCAUACAUGAGAAAUCCACAGCAGAUGAAUAUUAGUUCACUGGACACAACUAUAUGAAGGUUAAAUGUGAAAAGAACGGAAAGGCUCUAUCACAGAUGUAUGAAAGUCCAAUAGACACAUACAUGUGAAGCAUAAAUGUGAAAAGAAUGGACAAGCUCUUAAAAGCAGAUGUGUUAAAAUCCAAUGGACACAGGCAUGUGAAGAAUAAAUGUGAAAAGAAUGAAAGCGAUUUUUUUUAAUAGUUUAUGUAAUUUUAUUGUUUUAUAAUUAGUUUUUUAAGUAUCUUAGGACAAAGAUUUAGAAAUUUUCGAGUGCCCCUUCUUUAAUAUCAAUGAUCAAUGGUUGAAUGGAGAUAUAAAUUAUGUUUUUAGUGUAUAAGGACACCACUGGUGUGAUUUAUGUUUCCUUUUAUUACUGUAUAGUAUUGAUGUUUUAAAAUUAUGUCAUACAUUUGUAAUUGUUGAUUUGUUUAACUUGUAUACAUGUUUUAUGAAUAAACAAGGACUCAAAUUGG